CAGCCCUAUUACAAACAUCGGUAGUAUCGAUAGUGCUCGUGCCGUGUGUGUUUUUAAGUUCCUGGUUUUAAUUCAUGAUUUUUUGCUGCCAGCAAUCGAACCGAGUGGAAUAACCUGCGAAAACAGAGCCAGCAGCUGAAACUGCCAACAUGAGCAUACCCAACGAAUAUAUCGCAAAGACAGAGGAUGUGGCGGAACAGGUUAUCAAGCGCGGCAAGAAUGUGCUGCCGACGGUGGCCCGCCUCUGCCUCAUCGCCACCUUCUUUGAGGACGGCCUUCGCAUGUACUUUCAGUGGAACGAGCAACGAGAGUACAUGGACAUGAGCUGGGGCUGCGGCAAGUUCCUGGCAACCGUCUUCGUGCUGGUCAAUCUCCUCGGACAGUUGGGCGGAUGCGGAAUGGUUAUGGCUAGAUUUAAGGUUGACAUCGCAGUGGGACUGCUCUUCUUCAUCGUCGUGUUACAGACAAUAGCCUACUCCAUUCUAUGGGACUUUCAGUUCUUGCUCCGUAACUUCGCUCUAAUCGGCGCACUGCUUCUCGUCUUGGCCGAGGCCAGGAUCGAGGGACGCAGCCUGUUCGCCGGCGUGCCAUCGAUGGGCGACAACAAGCCCAAGAACUUCAUGCAGCUGGCUGGCCGCAUACUGCUGGCCUUCAUGUUCAUUACCCUAAUCCGUUUCGAGCUGAGCGUGUGGCAGGUCAUCCAAGAUAUCAUUGGCUCCAUUCUGAUGGUGCUCGUCGUUCUCGGCUACAAGACGAAGCUGUCGGCCCUCAUACUGGUAGCCUUGCUGACGGUGCUGAACCUGUACCACAAUGCCUGGUGGACCAUUCCGUCCUACAAGCCACUCAGGGAUUUCUUAAAAUACGACUUCUUCCAGACGCUCUCGGUUAUUGGUGGUCUGCUCAUGAUCGUGUCCUUGGGCCCUGGUGGCGUCUCCAUGGACGAGCACAAGAAGAAGUGGUAGGGAGGGCAGAAAUCUACCGCUCCUCGUACGAAACACUUGAAACAAUUGACUUUUACCGUGUUUUACUCUUUCCGAGAAAUGUUAGUUAGGAUUUUACCAUAAAAUGGGACAACAACAGGAGCAGCAGCAGCAUCAACAGCACAACGCCGGCACGUAUAGUAACUUGACAAAUUUCAAUAAAGGGACCUCCGCAAUACCCUCCUCCCCUGGCCUACUCAUAGGGAUCACAAUUGCCCGGCCCGUCCCACCAACACUAUCAUUCGCACACAUUCAACAACAAACUUCGACUACAUUUAAGACAUUUUCUUUUUGUACAUAAUGAGAAAAGCUAAAAAAAAGUGCGGCCCACUUCGAGCGCCCUCCAAACUGAGAGACAACUGAAUUUUAUAUCGAUUGCUUGUCAACAACAACCACAUUUUUUCACAUUUUUAUAUGAUUUGUACUACGCCCUUUUAAGUAAGUUGUGUACCUUUGGUGUUUGCGUUUUGUUGUUUGAUAGAAGUUUGAAAUGAAACCGAUGUAUAAAAUAUGAUGAGUGUACCAAUAUUGACAA